AUGAGACAGUUUGAACAACUUAUGCCACUCAAGUACUGUAAGUCAAGUGAAAAGGUCUGUCCUGCAGGACCCCCCGGACUCCCUGGUUCCACUGGGUCGAAGGGACCACGUGGCAGGAGGGGACAAAAGGGAAAGAAGGGCAUUCAAGGUCCCAUGGGACCACCUGGAAAAUCCGGAAAAACAGGAAUGACGGGCCCUGCGGGACCGAAAGGGGAAAAAGGAGUCAAGGGAGAACCAGGGUCAAAAGGCAUGCCGGGACAACCUGGAAGGCCUGGAAAAUCAAUAUCUGCACCACAAGUGAUGUUGUCACCGGUAGAACAGACAAGGGAUGAAGGAGGGAAAACGACUUUUUAUUGCACAGUUGGAGGAAAUCCUCGUCCUGCCGUCGAAUGGCGAUUCAAAAGCAGAAAGGUUGUGUCAGGUGCAAAGUAUUUAAUUAAAGAGGGAGAGUUGAUUGUUAACAGUUUGAACUACAGCGAUGCUGGGCAAUACACAUGUCAUGCCAAAAACAUUCUUGGAUCAUCUGAGGCCACUGGUAACUUGUCUGUUAGAGGUAAGAGGAAAACUGAAAAUAUAAUCCGAAGGUUUAACACCCAGCUGCUUAAUAGUAAUGAUCUCUGAAGACUGUAAAUUAAAGGGCGAAGAUUGAAUCACACUCAUGGUUGAGAUUUUACUGGUCACCUUAUUUCUUGUUACUUUCAUUAUUUUUGUUUUUUUCUUUUUGCUUAUGUUUGUUUGAAGGCUCUUUUUACCUUUUUUGUCGCGCUGUCAACUUGUACAAACAAUAUGCGGCUGUUAUUAAUACUUAUAAAUAUUUACAAAUAUGACGACUUAAAAUUAGCAUCAUCUUGUAGAAUUGUUUCUCCGUCGUCCAAAGGCUCACAACGAUUGUUCCCUAUUCGUUGUUAUACGUAGUUACCUUGUUUAUCCUCUGUCAGGUCUUCCAAUCUUCUCAAAAGUUCCACCAUCGCUCGCUACGCCAGUACAGCGCACUACCUAUCAAGUAGUUUGUCAAGCUGAAGGUUUUCCUCGUCCAGUUAUCAGCUGGAAUAGACUGGGGAUACCUUUGCCAGCUGGAAGGACUGAAGUAACUCAAGGUACCGGGACACUAAUAAUUAAGAAAUUGAUUCCUGCUGACAGCGGUUUGUACGAGUGCACUGCAACGAACACAAUGGGGACAAAGAGGGCUAGAAUCAACUUGGCAGUUCAACAACAAAAGCUAGGUAUGCUCUUUUGUUUAAGCAAAGAGUCGUUCUGGUAAACACAGUACCUCGGGAGUACCCUUAGAUGUUCGUUUUUAUGUAUGAGCUUAUAAGCCAGACUUUCUCACUUUGAGCUAAUUAUUACAGGUAACCCUGAAGUAACAUAUUUUUCUCCCUCAUCUUAUUUCUGAACUCAACAAACAAAUGAAAUCAUUUCCAGCCAAGUUUUGAAAAGAAAAUCAUCCCUUUGGUUAGGGCAGUCACCUCCUUGACUCGUCUCUAGAACGGACAGUUAAUUAGGGACGGUGCCUAAAACGAUUGAAAGAGAGAGAGAGUUAACUGAAUGUAUAUUUAGUACAGUAUUUUCUCGUUAUACUUAAAUUUACAAUCUCAAAGUUAUACAAUCUUUGAUUAAAUUGUUUAUUUUAAUAACCUACAUAUAAUCACUAAUCUAUUAAGAAUGGUAGAAUGAAUCAAUGAACGAACGAACGAACGAACGAAAGAUUGAAUCAAUCAAUCAAUCAAUCAAUCACCGAACGAAAUGGAGGAAAAACUUUAUUCAUGUGUCAAACGAUCUAGCGUAAGGAAAUCCAUACGAUAAUUGGGGACACCUACUAGUUAUCUUUACCACAUAAACUUGUCUAUAGCUGUUAGUAUAACCUGCUUGAUCUUGGUUGGCUUAACUGGUUCUUGUAUUUUUGGCUACUAAAGUGGCAAAUGUUUGCCAGGGGCUUNGCUAGGUAUGCUCUUUUGUUUAAGCAAAGAGUCGUUCUGGUAAACACAGUACCUCGGGAGUACCCUUAGAUGUUCGUUUUUAUGUAUGAGCUUAUAAGCCAGACUUUCUCACUUUGAGCUAAUUAUUACAGGUAACCCUGAAGUAACAUAUUUUUCUCCCUCAUCUUAUUUCUGAACUCAACAAACAAAUGAAAUCAUUUCCAGCCAAGUUUUGAAAAGAAAAUCAUCCCUUUGGUUAGGGCAGUCACCUCCUGGACGCGACUCUAGAACGGACAGUUAAUUAGGGACGGUGCCUAAAACGAUUGAAAGAGAGAGAGAGUUGACUGAAUGUAUAUUUAGUACAGUAUUUUCUCGUUAUACUUAAAGGUCAAAUGAACCAAAAAUUCGCCAUUUUUUAUUUUAGUUCAAUUCUAGUGAAAUAUGUUUAAUAUGAACCGAAUAAACAUACUAUGAACAUACUAUUGAAGCAAGCAUCUCCGAGAUAUUCGCAAUUAAAAAUCGUUAUUUUUUGGCCCUUAUCUUCGUAGAGCGGUCGGAAAAAUUGUCGGUAAAAACAGCUUGUGGCGUUAAUGUUGGUCAGGUGAAAAACGGCGGGAAAUUCAAAACAUAGUUUUUCGAGUCGACUUGGCGCAGAAGUGGUUUGUGCGGCCAUAAACCUGGAAAGAACAGGCAAUUUGUCUUCAAAACUUGCAAGCUGUGGUUAUAACCUUCUUGUUAUUUAAUUUUCUCGAAGAAUACAUCAUAGUAAAACGGACUUUAACGACAUUUACUAAUUUCCUUGAGUUGUACUAGAAAUGUGCUUGCGUAAGUCCGAUUUUUUUCAAGAUGCAUUUACAAAAUGUGUUCAUAUAAGGAAGUUCCUGGAUAUGGUCUGGAGCUCCACCGUGGACACAAAAACAAAAUAUCUUUGUAUAAUAAUCUGCCCAAAGAAAUUCAAGUUUGCUCACAAUGUGUUUGAAGUCACUGAACUUUGUCGCACUCAAACUGAUAUUUUGAAACCCACGCUCGAUCGGACACUUUGAUCUAGCUUCGCAGAUCACUAAAAUACACACAAAAUCCUCAAUGUAGAAGUUUUGGCGUUGAUAUGUGGGCAGAAAAAGAGUUAAUCUUUAUCUAGUAAAUCUUCCCCAAGAUCGGUUUCAAAGCAACCAUAGUUUUUUAAACUUGAUCGUUUCGCGCCGAUAAAUUUUGCUUUGUGUUGUCAAGUUGAACAUGCAUAACACCUUUUAAAAACCUACGCGUAUCAAAAGUAAGAUUUCCUUCAAACAAAGUUAAAGUUACCGUUUGCAAAAACUUGUUUCCAAUUAUGUCUAAGAUUUGAUUACCGAUUGAGGUCACUUUAGGGACCAUAGACGCCACUUAAAGCUGGCAAAGAGAUGCAUCAAGCAAAAAACAAUUCCAUCACGCAUAAAAUUCAACUUAAGUGAGCUAAAAAAAGCUUCAAUAAGGUUGCAAAACAACAAAUUUUCGUUAAAAAACAUAAGGCUUAAGGCUCUUAUACCUGCUGACAAAGAAGAAGUGAAUUUUCUGUACGGAAACAACCUACCUAAAGAUCUCAGAAGCAAAAGAUCAGUUGCAAGCUGCGUAGCCAAGCCAUGAUUCCGACUACUUAGCUAGAUUAGCUACUUUUUUUUUUAGUAAUAACUGGUUCAUGCAAGGGUCUUCAGUCAAGCAAAUUAAACUUAGCAAGCUGAAUCAUUAGAAAAUACAGAAAACUGUACAUAAGGAUUUGUUUUGCUCGCUUCAGUCAAAUCCAGCUGGCAAAGAGUCGAUUGUUUUGGAGUCACUACCGGCAGUUGUCGUUCUCCGCUACUUCACAGCGAGUGAAAGAAAAAUUUGCGUACAGAAAGAUAACAAAAGCUGGUUCUGCAAAGGUAAAUAAAUCUGCGCAUGUAAAAAAACUAACCGUAACUACUAAUAACAGAAUACAAGCGGGUUUUAACUUGAGUCAGUCCGGCGAAAGAAGGCGAAGCACUGGACACAAAAUCAAUUCACAAAUCGAAUGCACAAUUAUCAGAAAAGUACAAACCUCUUUGGAAAUGUUCAAAACGUUUUAUUCCUCCUCAGACUUACGGAUGAUCUGUUUUUACUCUACCAUUGGUUUUUCUGAAUCCAAAGUAAUUUUCAAGUGACGAAAAAACAACAACAACGACAAAAACAAACAAGCAAAAAAGCCUUUACAAGGAGCAAUCUUUGACACCUCAUGUAUUUCAUUAAGUCUCAGUCAGAACUCUCACAGAACGAGACAAACAAACGCAGGCGAUAAGGGAUGCGCAGAAGCUUGCGCAGAACGUUUUUCCGCCCUGAGAGACCAACAUUGACGUCACGUAGUCUCCAGUCUAUCGCGCGCCAUUUCAGAAACGUUUUCGUGAAGUUUUCGGAAAUGCUCGGAUAUUGAUCUUUUAUCUUUCUAUAAAGGCUUGGGAAGAACAAUCUUUACCCAAAUCUCACUUAGGAUGGUUCUUUUUAGUGUUUGGUGAAGGUAAAGCGACAAAAGAAAAUAUGUCAAUUUUUUGGUUCAUUUGACCUUUAAAUUUACAAUCUCAAUGCUAUACAAUCUUUGAUUAAAUUGUUUAUUUUAAUAACCCACAUAUAAUCACUAAUCUAUUAAGAAUGAUAGAAUGAAUCAAUGAACGAACGAACGAACGAAAGAUUGAAUCAAUCAAUCAAUCAAUCACCGAACGAAAUGGAAGAAAAACUUUAUUCAUGUGUCAAACGAUCUAGCGUAAGGAAAUCCAUACGAUAAUUGGGGACACCUACUAGUUAUCUUUACCACAUAAACUUGCCUAGCUGUUAGUAUAACUUUCUUGAUCUUGGUUGACUUAACUGGUUUUUGUAGUUUUGGCUAUUAAAGUGGCAAAUGUUUGCCAGGGGCUUCUUGAUUAACAGGUUCUUAUUCGCAGGUGUUUACUGUAGUAGAAAUGUAUGGAAUGUGGGCCUGCCUGUCAUAUCUCUUGGUGUAAUAAGGUCAAAAUUUUACUACCUCAGAUUUUUUUUUUUUAAUACCAUUGAAAAGUCAACAUAAUUGAUAUUGACGUCUGAGCCAUCAGUUGUCAUCACGCCAAUUUAAUGCUUGUUGAUAUUUGUUCAGAUUUAGAAGACUCCGUUAUUGUGGGAAACAGCAUAAAUUACUUGAGGGCUUUAAGAAGCUGGCUGUCUCCUGUGGCACGAAGUGUGAAUUCUGCCUGGAAGCGCUGUUGGCAUGCAUCUGUGGACGGCUGGGCUGCAAGUACAUUUCACUCACGGUGUGAUGGCAAGGGACCGACUGUAACGAUAAUAAGGGUUGGGAAAUAUAUUUUCGGAGGGUACACCAGUAUUUCAUGGGGUAAGUUAACAUAA